CCAUGCUGCCCUCCCAGAUUCUCGAGGGCCCCAGCACCCGUCGCAGCACGCUGAGCGCCGCCUGGGCGCUGGGAGGGGUGGCCACGCGGCAGCAGCGGAAGCGCCUUUCGGACGAGCCCCAGACGGGGCCGGGGACCCCCGAGGCCAAGAAAUCCUCCACCUGCUUCCCCCGGCCCCAGACCCCCAAGGGGAGGAGCGAGGAGCGCAAGCAGGAGGGGCCCCCGGGGGACAAGAAGAGGAGGGGCCAGCCAGCAGACAAGCAGGUGAGGGGCUCCCCGGGGGGGUGUCAACCAGGGGACCCCGGGCUACUUAGA